AUGGGCGUGUGGAGUCUCUGGAUGCUCGGAUCAUCCAGCUGCAUCAUGUUCACGUGCGCGCUGCUGGUGGUCGUCAGCCUGCUGUUCGCGGUGCACUACACCAGCAGGAAGAGCGAUGUAUUUGGAAAGCUGAAUGAAUUAAAUCUUCAGCUUCAAGGCAGAGACAAGAGAGAGAACGAGCCGCCUUUAAUCAAAGGCUGGAUCCCUUUCCUUGGGAAAGCUCUGGAGUUCAGGAAAGAUUCUUUAAAGUUCCUGCUCGAGCAGAAGAGGAAGCAUGGAGACAUUUUCACGGUCCGGAUGGCAGGUAAAGACGUGACCUUCGUCAUGGAUUCAUCACUGUAUCCAUACAUCAUCAAACACGGCCGGCAGCUCGACUUUCACAAGUUCUCCGACAAGGUGUCGCCUGCCACAUUCGGGUACCAGCCGGUCCACAGCAAGCUGCACCCUGGGCUGAAGGAGCAGAUCCAUCGCUCCUUCAAACUCCUGCAGGGGGACAACCUCACCCCGCUGACAGAGAGCAUGAUGGGUAACCUGAUGCUGGUGUUUCGCCACGACCAUCUGGGGCACAGCGGCUGGAGGAGCGGUUGCAUGUACCAGUUCUGUCUGUCCGUCAUGUUUGAGGCCACCCUCCUGACCCUGUUCGGCCGCCCGGCGGCCGCCCGCCGCCGAACUGGGACAAACGCUCUGAUGGACGACUUCGUCAAGUUCGACAACAAGUUCCCUCAUCUCAUCACAGAGGUUCCCAUCUGGCUGCUGGGGGGAACCAGAGCCGUCCGCCAAAAGCUCAUCAACUACUUCCUGCCCGACCGCAUGUCACACUUGACCAACAUGUCAGAGUUCAUCCGCAUGCGUAUGGAGGUGUUUGACAACUACGAAAACCUGAGAGACGUCGACAAAGGAGCUUACCACUUUGCCAUGCUUUGGGCGGCUUUGGGGAACACGGUUCCUGCCACCUUCUGGGCCAUGUACUACCUGGUGAGCCACCCGGAGGCGCUGCAGGUGGUGCGACAGGAGAUCCAGGAGGUCUUGAGCCUCAGCGGUGUGGAAUUCAGCAGUGACACAAAUGUGAAGCUACACAGGGAGCAGCUGGACAAGCUCCGUUGUCUGGAGAGUGCCAUCAAGGAGAGCCUCCGUCUGUCCUCGGCCUCCUUGAACGUCCGAAUGGCGCUGGAGGAUUUCAGUCUGCGGCUGGGGGAGAGUCGCUCAUUCGCCAUCAGGAAAGGAGACGCCAUCGCCAUGUAUCCUCGGACCACGCACCUGGACCCGGAAAUCUACGAGGAGCCCAAGAAGUUCCGAUUUGACCGCUACGUUCACAACGGUGCAGAGAAAACAGACUUCUACAAGGACGACCAGAAGCUGAAGUACUACCUGAUACCGUUUGGCUCGGGCGUGUCUAUGUGUCCCGGACGCCACUUUGCCAUCAACGAAAUAAAGCAGUUCCUGAGCCUGCUGCUGCUGUACUUUGAUCUGCAGCUGGAGGACGGGCAGAGCCGCGCUGAGUUUGACCCCAGCAGGUCCGGUGUAGGGAUCCUGCCGCCCUCCGCUGACGUCCGAUUCCGCUACAGACUGCGAGUUGUCUGA